CUGCUUUGCUGAGGACUGAUGAGGCUCUGGCUCUGGAUCCACCAAGACUAGAUAUGCAGUUUUCUUUUCUUGUUGAGACAAUAAAUUAGGCUUACUCUCCAAAACCUUCUAAGCCACCACCGAGCCACCUUAGUCAUCAUGGCAACUCGCUGGAGCAGUGAGUUCAUUAUUGCUGAGCAUCGCGACUUACAGGCGAGUGCGAUGGCAGUGGAUUCUACAGGCUCAUUUGUUCUUCUGGCUGGGAGAAGAUUUUUAGGACUAAAAAAACUGGAUGACUCUUCAGAUGUGUUGCGUAAAUUCCCGAGACAAAGCAAAUAUGAAGUUGGAACUGCAGAAUGGAACCCUAAUCACCAGGAGAAGGAGCUUUGCGCGAUAUCUAGCAACCAGAGGGUGGAGGUGUACAAGCUGGGAGGCACUGAUCUGACCCAGCUGCACACCCUCAACAAUCACACCAGAGUAGUAACAGACCUAGACUGGCACAGGUCCAGCCCGGAGCUACUGGCCAGCUGCUCUAUAGACACCUACACUCACGUGUGGGACCUGCGUGACCCUCGGCGUCCUGCUGUCUCACUCUCCUCUGUUGCGGGGGCAAACCAGGUGCGGUGGAAUCGCUUGUCUCGCUACUUGCUUGCGACGGCUCACAAUGGCGACAUACGUUUGUGGGAUCAGAGGAAGGGCACGGCUCCAGUACAAUACAUCACUGCGCAUCUAGCUAAUAUCCAUAGUCUGGACUGGAGUCAGACUCAUGAGAAUCAGCUGGCCACUGCCAGUCAGGACUGUACGGUCAAGUUCUUUGACACCACCAAUCCUCGGAGAGCAGAAAACAUAAUCACGGCCUCGGCUCCAGUUUGGAGGGCACGCUAUACACCAUUUGGUGAUGGUCUUCUGAUGGUGGUGGUCCCCCCUAUGAGGAGAGGAGAGAACAGUCUUCUGUUGUGGAACCUGUCCAAUCUCACAGCUCCUGUCCACACAUUCGUGGGCCACACCGACACAGUGCUGGAAUGUGAGUGGCGGAGACACAAAGAUGAAUCUUCUGACUAUCAACUAAUCACAUGGUCCAAAGAUCAGACCUUGCGUAUUUGGCAAAUCGAGCCAUUCCUGCAGAAGUUGUGUGGACACGAUCCUGAUGGUGACACAGCCACUAAUGUAGAUAUCCUCACUACUACAUCUGCUCUGGAAAGUGAAGGAGAGAGUGAGGUUAUGUUGGACACAGCCAGUUCUACAUUGUCUAACUCAUCUUCCUCCCAGGAUCUCCAGACAACUCCUGCGUCCCAGCCCAAGACUCUGCAGCAGGAGUUCUCAUUGGUCAAUGUCAACUCUCGUAACAUUACGUUUGACAAGAUGGAUGUGGUACGUCGUACCUGCUCAGCCAAGAUUUCUGUAGGCAGCCACAUAGUAUACCUCCUGAUAACUUUCCCCCCUAACUACCCGUAUGGCAGCGCCCCUGCGUUCCAGUUUGCAUCAGGAUCCAACGUAGACAUUGUGGUGAAGACAAAGUUACUGAAGGUGAUGAAACACACAGCGCAGCAGAGAGUGCACAGGAACAGAUCAUGUCUAGAUCCUUGCCUUCGCCAAGCAGUGGCCACCUUGGAACAGAUCUCUGCCAAUGAGGAAGUAGACAAGAACAGGCUGCAGAUCUCUCCAGUGUCUUUGGUUGAUCAUUCCUCCAUAUUUACUGGAUAUCAAGAUGCUUCGAUACCAUACCCGAGGACUUCUGGGGCAAAGUUUUGCAAUGUUGGAUUGCUGGUAACAUUCUGCAAGAGUGGCUCUGUGCGGAGGUUGGCUGGUAGAACGGAGGCAGUUACUCCCAGAAGUCUUUCAGCAUUGCCAGAGCCUGUGUUGUCUGUCUCCUCGUCUUACUACUUCCACGACAGGCCUAGCCAAGUACGGCCUAGAGUAGGAGGUAAUCUGUCUCGACGGCCACAACUCCGCAGCAACAAAGCUCUCGUCAUUGUCUACGACGCUUCUCAACUGUUCUUUGUUCAGCGAAAUCUUGCUGAAAACUAUAUAUUUGACUGGGCCAAUGUCCCUGGGAUGUGCCAUCACAACGCCAUGGUGGCCGCUAGUGUGGGAAGGAGAGAUCUGGUACAGGCUUGGUCAUUGGCAGCUCUAGCGACCACCGACCCUUCCAACGACCGGGAUGACGACUUCCCCUGGCACGCUCAUCCCUUCUCACGCAACAUGCUGCAGUCCAUAAUCUGGCACUUUGCAAAGCAGUACGACAUUCAGAUGGCAGCCAUGUUGAGUUGUGCUCUCAGUUCUAGGCUGGAAGGUCAGGCCGGCUACAAGAACAAACAUCUCAACAAAGCCACCAAUAACACUCGGGUGGCUAAUGGGAAGUGGUGGAUCAAGCCAGGUGGAUCUCCCUACCACACCAUACACCAGGUAGACACGUCAGUGCAGGGAUGGAACUUCUCCGUUCUCAAACAGAACCGUUCCAACUCCUGGUCAGAGUCUCUGGACGACUGUCGUCUCUCCAACAUCGUGGAGCACUUCUCUGUCCACACUGAGAUAGAUCGGUCACUUGAAGUUGAUGAAGCUAACACACACUUGUACGAUGAGUACAAACAAGCCUACGCAGAGAUACUAUACAGGUGGCGUUUGUUGGAUGCAAGAGCUCAGGUGCUGAAGUUCAUGUCUGCCAUGCCCGAGCCACACAGAGGGAUUGAGCCCAAGGUGGACUGUCAACAUUGUCGCAAAUCAGGUCUAGAGGCUAACUGCACAAACUGUAAAAAGCCUGCCUUGCAGUGUGUCAUCUGUCACCUGUCUGUCAGAGGAUCCAUGAGUAGCUGUCUAGUGUGUGGCCAUGGUGGACAUCUCCGUCACAUGCAGGAGUGGUUCAAGACAGAGAGUGUGUGUCCGAGUGGCUGCGGAUGUCAUUGCAUCAUAGAGUCCGCCAGUGUGGUGGAGCCUUAAGAGUCCUAACAAGACUAGUUGAUCUCCUUGGAACAUUGACUUUCGGAUACUGUAAUAGACAUUCUAUCUAUAUAGACCGACUUAAAUUUAGUGUUUAUUAAGAAAAAAAUAGUUGAAUGAGCCACUCAACCGCAAGUGUCAAACAUAGUGUUACUGUGAAGGCUUCAACUUUAACAAAAUUUAUCAAGUUGUAUCCAAAGUCUAAGAUAGACUCCCUCUCAUUUGGACCUGUUAGAAUCUGACAACAUAACAUCGGAUACUGAAGUAGACUUCCUAUCUAUAGGCUGUGGAGUAGCUGUAGCCAUUUUUUUAAAUUAAAAACAAACGUAGUUGUGUGAGCCAGUCACCGAAUGUGCUAGUGUCCAAAAUUCUAUUUUAUUAAAAGAUAAUGUGUCAACUUGACCACUUUUGCACUUUCGCCAAUGUGUCCAUAACCUCAAAAACAUUCAAUUUACAACCUUUUUUUACAGUUGUUAUUUAUUUAUCUAAUCGGUAGAGUACUGGGGUGUGGUUUUUCAACGUAUCCAUUGUAUUAUUUGUUUACUAUCUUCGGCGAUCAGACUUUUAGGGAGUUUGCCAUAUAGGGAAUAAUCGAUUACCGUAGAUCUCAUGGUAAGACCUAGAUCCUUUACUUUUUCGUUUGAGGUCGCUAGAGCCCCCGUUCAAAUUCAUAUACAUGUGUCCGUUAGCGUGAUAACUCGAGCAAAAAUGAUUUGAUUAAAUUUAGUACAAACAUGUAAACCUCCAUUUAUUUGAAUUAGUUCUCAAACCAGCACGAUCAAACUAUGGGAAGGGGACUUUGUGGGUUUAAAAUUGGUCUACCCCAUUUUUUACUCUAAAAACUUAAAAUUUCACAAUUUCUUUCCAAACCAUUUUGUAGAGCUUAAAAAAGAAAUAUUCUUGUAUAUUGAAGCGUUGUUGUAUGCCCAACGAUUCCGGAGAUAAAAAAUUAUAAAUUAAGAAAUUCCCAUGUUAUUCUUAUGGAGAAUAAAUAAACUGUUGUAAUUUGUUUGUUUAUGGAUAUAUUUUAAUAAAAUUUGGCAAUUUUAUUGAUUUCAUACUAAGCUAUCAACAU